ACAUUUCCGCUUCCGUUCCGUGCCCUUGGGGUUCCGUGUCCUAAAAGCCCUUCCCUUGGCAGCCUGGUUUGCAUCCGAGGAACAUGGCGGCCGUGGCGGCCAGGGUCUGGUGGCGGGGACUCUUGGGGGCUUCAGCGGUGGCCAGGGGGGCUGGACGACCGUCGGUGCUGUUGCAGCGGGUGAGGAGGCAGAGCGCCUCGGCCGACACGCGCCCCACAGUCAGACCACAGAACGAUGUGGCCCACAAACAGCUCUCAGCUUUUGGAGAGUAUGUAGCUGAAAUCCUGCCCAAGUAUGUCCAACAAGUUCAGGUGACCUGCUUCAAUGAGUUAGAGAUCUGUAUCCAUCCUGAUGGAGUCAUCCCAGUGCUGACUUUCCUCCGGGAUCACACCAAUGCACAGUUCAAAUCCUUGGCUGACCUGACAGCAGUGGAUGUACCAACUCGGCAAAAUCGUUUUGAGAUUGUCUACAAUCUGCUGUCUCUGCGCUUCAAUUCACGGAUCCGUGUGAAGACCUAUACAGAUGAGCUGACACCAAUUGAGUCCACAGUCUCUGUGUAUAAGGCAGCCAACUGGUAUGAGAGGGAGAUCUGGGACAUGUUUGGUGUCUUUUUUGCUAACCACCCUGACCUAAGAAGGAUCCUGACAGAUUAUGGCUUUGAGGGACAUCCUUUCCGGAAAGACUUCCCACUGUCUGGUUAUGUUGAGUUACGCUAUGAUGAUGAAGUAAAGCGGGUGGUGGCUGAGCCAGUGGAGUUGGCCCAAGAGUUCCGCAAGUUUGACCUGAACAGCCCCUGGGAGGCUUUCCCUGCCUAUCGUCAGCCUCCUGAGAAUCUCAAGCUUGAAGCCGGAGACAAGAAGCCUGAAGCCAAAUAGCUCCAGGGAAGGCUUAUGAAUUCAGGAGAGCAUCUUAUCUAUGAUUGUUUGUGUAAAUAAAUUCCUACUAAGACUCCACA